AUGACAACCAGAUACAGAGUCGAGUAUGCACUGAAGACACAUCGCCGUGAUCAACUGAUAGAAUGGGUCAAAGGCCUGCUAGCUGUGCCCUUCGUGCUGCACUCGCAGCCGACGGCGGUAUUCGAGCCCCGGCGCGAGUCCGUCGACCAGAUGGCAGCUGGGGCCCACCGCCGCUACGCAGAGAUCAUGCGAGAUGUUGAGGAGCUCAUCAACGACCACAUCGCCCACCAAAAAGCCGGCACCCAUGCGCACUCCAAACUGAAGCUCCUCGUCCCCUCCGUCGGCAUAUUCUUCACGCCCCUCCCCCUCCACGACGCCUUCAUAUACCAAGAUUCGCGCCGCUUCAUCAGCUACCGCCGCUUCGUGCCCCCCUCCUUCAACGACAUCCGCCUGAUCCUCAACACCGCGCAAGUCAUGUCGCUCGUACGCAGCGGCCCGCUCGAGCUCGUGACCUUUGACGGCGAUGUCACGCUGUAUGACGACGGGGAAAGCCUCACGGCGGACAACGUCGUCAUACCACGGAUACUGCGGCUGAUGCGCGCGGGGACGAAGGUCGGGAUCGUGACCGCGGCGGGGUAUACGGACGGCAAGAAGUAUUAUGGACGGUUGCACGGAUUGCUGGAUGCGGUCCAUGCGUCGGACUUGCCGCUGGCGCUGAAGCAGAAUCUGGUCGUGCUUGGGGGCGAGAGUAACUACCUCUUCAAGUUCAACAGGGACCAUCCGGAUCUGCUGGAGUUUGUGCCGCGCGAGGAGUGGGUGCUGCCGGAGAUGGCGCUGUGGCUUGAGCAGGAUAUUGAUGCGCUGUUGGAUGUGGCGGAGGUGGCGCUGAAGGAUUGCAUCAAGAACAUGCGGCUGCAGGCGCAGGUGCUGCGGAAGGAGCGCGCGGUGGGGAUCGUGCCGGCUGUGGGGAGCAAGCUUGCGAGGGAGCAGUUGGAGGAGACAGUGUUGGUGGCGCAGAAGAUACUGGAGAUGUCAGAAGUCGGCCGCCGCCUCCCCUUCUGCGCCUUCAACGGCGGCAACGACGUCUUCAUCGACAUCGGCGACAAGUCCUGGGGCGUGCUCGCCUGCCAGCGCUUCUUCGGCGGCAUCGAGGGCAGCAAGACCCUGCACGUCGGCGACCAGUUCCUGUCUGCCGGCGCCAACGACUUCAAGGCUCGCUUGGCGGCUACGACGGCUUGGAUCGCGAAUCCGACGGAGACGAUUCAGCUGCUGGAUGAGCUGGCGGAGUUGGAUGAGGUUGUGCAGAGAAAGAUUCAAUAG